UCUGCCAUAAAUCCCUCCCAUAGAGUCAUCUAUCACAUACGGAACCUGUGGCUCAAAGCAAACCAUGGCACUUUAGGAGGAGGAGAUAUGUUUGCUUCCAUUGAGAACUACGCUGCUACUUCAAAAGCUUCCAAGAUUGAAUAUAAAACUGACGGGGAGAAAUUUGCAGUUGUGUUAGUCACUGAAUUUAUGGGCAGAAUUCAUGAAAAAUGCAGAGAAGCUGGUGAAGUUGUGUUCGUCGACACUACAAGUCACUUAGAUCAACUGAACACAGCAGUAACUCCUUUUCUGUGUGCUGGGCCAGCUGGAGCUCUUCCCCUUGGAGUCAUCUUCACAUCUUCUCAGGAUGAAGAAAGCUAUACUGCAGGUUUUCAGUUACUGAGGAAGGUGCUCGGUGAGACUGCCUUUUUCCAACAAGGGCAUCCAGCUUGUUUCAUAACAGACAACAGUGACGCUGAGCGUAAUGCCUUGAAGACUGUAUGGCCAGAAUCUCAGCGCUUUCUGUGCAUAUUCCACAUCCUGCAGCAGGUCUGGAGGUGGCUGUGUGAUGGUUCACAUGGCAUCAAGAAGGAAGAUCGCCGAGUACUAAUGACAGUGGCAAAGAAUCUGGUAUAUGCUGAUUCAGAUGAAACAUUUCAAGAUGAAUGGAAUUGCUUUUGUCAGACCCCAGAAGCCCAAAAGUAUAACCAGUACAUGAGGUAUCUGGCAAAGCUGAUAGAAAGGAAGGAAGAAUGGAGUACUGUGUACAGGGCUGGAUUUUUGCUACGUGGACACCACACAAAUAAUUUUGCAGAAUCUACCAUGUGCAUCAUUAAAGAUAUCAUUCUCAACAGAUGUAAAGCCUACAACACGACUCAACUGAUCAUGUUUAUGAAUGAAAUAUUUGAUGAAUAUAUGAAACAACGCCUCAUUGAUGUGUCUCUCUGUAGAAGGAAAGUAGUGAAGCCACCAACUGGGAUUUCCAUUAGUAAGGAAAGCAUCACUAGGUAUAAUGAAGAUCAGCAUCAGUUCAUAGUUAAAAGCCAGUCAAAGGAACAAAUACAGUAUACUGUAGAUCUUAAAAUUGGCUUGUGCGAGUGCAGUACUGGUAUGACUGGUAAAGUUUGCAAACAUCAGGCUGCUUGUUCAGAACAGUUCCUCUUGCAGUUACCUCAGAUAUUGGAAAAUAGCCCAGAAAAUAGGCACUGGCUUGCAAGUAUUGCACUUGGAAAUGAAAACGUACCACCCUUGGAUUUCUUUGUUACCUUGAAAGAAAACUCUGAAUCAGCCCGAAACUGGGGUGCAUCGCGGAGGCCGCGUGCGUACGUGCGCCGCGCCGUGACGCCGCAGAACGACGCCCGGCAGCGGGCAGCAGCAGCAGACCCCCCCGCUUCGCCCCAUGCAGUUACCUGCCUCGCAUGUUUCACGGACCGGCAGUGGUACUCGGGACGCCGCAAGAACCGCGGCGCUCUACGGCAGACCGUGUUACCAACACCCUUUCGCUCUGCGAGUGGCUUCUAG